CUGAGGCUCUAUGAACGCUACCGGCACACAGGAACAUGUCUGCCCGUGAGGUUUUCGUACGCGGGCUCCCUGAGCUGCCGUCUCUACAGGACUUUAUCGUCCAGUAUUUCCAAAACGAGUCGUGUGGCGGACCUGUCAGUCAUGUGAGUCUACUGGGGCCCGGACAGGCUGUGGUGACCUUUGUGAAUGAGUCAGUGGCCCAGAACGUGUUGGCCCACCCUCAGCACCUGUUCCACGGCUCCAGAUUACAAGUUGGGCCGUGGUCACGUCACCUCUCUGACGAUGAAAUUGAGGAGGACGAAGGGGGUUUAGUACAAACAGAUGACGUUUCGGAGAACCUCGUACCCGGUGGACAGGCAGACGCAGACCAAUAUGGAGACUUAAAGCAAGCGGUCGCCACCAACAGCGUAGUCAUACGAGUCGCGUCGACCCGCUCACGUCAUGGCGACGACCGGUUACCGCGGUCAUCGGGUUUGGUGGGGGCUGUUAGCCGUCCAAAGGCGGCGAAACCAGCAACACAACAGCGGGAAAGCAGCCUUCCACCCACCGAGACGACCGUUAUGAGAGUAGACAUUGUUGAAGGGUGUGCCAAGUUACUGCUACAGUACCAUGGUGAUGUCAUGCGGGAAGUUGAACAGUCCUUCUCCGUGAGAGUCAAGCCAGACAGCGCAGGGUUCUCUGUCAGCGGAACCAGCGAAGGUGUGAGUGAAGCGAAGGUCUUCUUGGAGAAUGUAGCAGCGUCCGUAAAGACUGAUGUGCUGCAGAGUUUCAAGCCAGGACAGACUGAACUUCACAUUCGUGACGUCAUAGUACAAGUUCAGAUGGGAGACAUCACCAUGGAGCAAGUUGGUGCCAUCGUCAACCCUUCACAAAAUAAUCUAGACAUGGACAAGGGUGUAAGCAGGGCCAUAUCGAUGGCAGCCGGCCCCGGUGUCCAGAGGGAGUGUAGACAGUACAUCAGGGACAACUGGUCUCCCAAGGCAGGCGAUGUUGUCGCAACAGGUGCUGGCGACCUGCCGUGUGGAAAGGUUAUCCAUCUGGUGCAGCCCUCGGCCAAGUAUCUGCGGUCGGACAUUAAGAACUGCCUGCUAGUUGCUCACCAGAUGAACCUUCGCUCAAUCACCUUUCCUGCGGUGGGAACAGGAGGCUUCCACAUCAAGCCCGAGCGGUCGGCGCGGUGCAUGAUGGACGGUAUCGCGGAGUUUGUGGAGGACUGGAGCCCCACCACCCUGUCAAUCAUCAGGAUUGUCAUCUUCCAGGAGCGCAUGUUACAAACCUUCCACACGGCCGUCCACGGGAAGGCAUCGGAGGACAGGGGGAAAGUCACCCCGUCGAAACACGCAAACCGUCUCAACAGGCUAAAAAACAUUGCCGCAGACAAGAUGAAGCGUAUGCGAAGGCGUCCAAAGGAGGAAACACUCUCCUCCACAUCAUUGCGUCUCCCGAGGCCAGACUCGCCUGGCAAGUUUGAAGACGCUCUGCAGCCAGACGAAGUCCUGCUUCACAUCUUCUGCCUCGAUGAGACAAAGUUACAGAACGCCCGAGAAACCGUGGAGGGAUUUCUGCAGCAGUAUACAACUGUUGUGGUGAUCAACGACGACAGGGAGACGGGAAUUUCUCAACUCGUCAAGGAGGAGAUCAAAUGGCUUCGGUUUCUGGGACGUGAAGAAAACGUGUCCAUCUCAGUCGAACAGGAAAACUGUAUCCGUAUCGAGGGAAGUCGGAACGUGACGGCUAUUGCUGCUAAAGUUCGCCUGAUCCUGAAGACCAUCGUGGAGAAACGCGGUCGGUUUGCAAGAAUGAUGUCAUCAGAGAACUACCAGUGGUAA